ACCUUUGCAAAUCAACCUGCGUUUGAAGUUCCUCUUUUUCCUAAAGAAUCAAGCGUAAUCGGGUUUCUCCUCAAUCAGAUGUCGUUCUGCCUGGCUGACCUGCACUUGUGGUCCUCAAAGAGCACCUUGCACAUCAGAGAUACAGACAUUGGCACGUACCAGUACUAUGAUAAAGGAGAACCAGUAAACCUGACAGACCAGCAUUACUUCAAUGAGAAGCAGGACUUUGUGGAGUCUCGCGGCCUCCACUGGACCCCCAAAAACUCCCGCCCGGAGAAACUGCGGGACUCCCUCAAGGAACUCGAGGAGCUGCUGCAGGCCGGCCCGUGUGUCUGCUCCCGAUGGAGGAACAAGCAGUCCUGUCAGAUGCUGCUGGGCUCGGGUGUGCUGGUGACCCUCAGCCUGAGUGGGCCCCAGCUGGAGAGGGUGAGCAUCGACAGGGCCCUGGUGGGGCGGCUGGCCGCAGACACCAUCAGCGACGCUGUGAUCACCGACAGGUUUCUGCUCCUCACCUUUGUGGAGAAGAACAAGGUUUGCCUUGUCCACCUGGCAGCCAGGAGAGGUCAGAGUUCCCCAGAUCUGAACAGACGAGUGGAGAAGCUGUCCCUCUCAGAGCUGAAGAUCUCCUGCGUGGACCUACCAGGCCCGGCCGGACGCAGGCUGGGGCGGCGCGUGGGGCUCAACUGCUUGCAGGACGUGGCGAUUUGCUGGUGGCCAGCCGUUAACGAGGAGGCCUGGCCUUGGUCUCCCGUCCCCAGCGAGGGAGACCGGGCCAACCUGGUGCUGCUGGCCUGCUGCGGUGCCGGCGGCCUCAAGGUGCUGAGCUGCAUCCGGACGGAGGGGGACCCGCUGGACUGCCGGUUCAGCCUGAGCCAGCCGUACCAGGUGCUGACGGUGGAGCUGGGGGCGCGGGACGCGGCGGCGGCGGACAGCUGCGUGUACGAGUGCGCACGGCGGCACCUGCAGCGCCUGGCGGUGACCAGCCUGCCCCUGUCGGCCCGGCCGGUGUGCUGCUGCCGGGACCACGCGGAGGGCGCGCUGCUGCUGGGGCUCCAGGACUCCUCGCUGGUGCUGUGGGACGGGCGGCGUGGCCUCUCCCUGCUGGCCCAGGUGCCCAUGCUGCCCUCGCUGCUGGCCUGGCACCCCGCGGGGGCGCUUCUGCUGGUGGGGGGGGGGCAGGGCGAGCUGCAGUGCUUCGACGCCGGCCUGUCCCCCGUCGCCCUGCAGCUGGUGGCCGAGGACCCGUCCCCCCGCCCUACUCUGCGUCUGUCCCAGCACCUGCGGGGCGCGGGGGGCCUGGCCGGGCUGCAGUGGGGCGCCGAGGGGCUGGAGGUGCACGACCUGCUCUUCCUCACCUUCCACAGCGGGCCCGUCGGAGUGCUGCGCUUCAGGCUAGGGGCGCUGAAUGGGGGUCAGCUGGGCCCGGUGGAGCUGCUUCAGCAGCGGCUGAGGUGUGGGGAGGUGGAGGAGGUGCUGGGCCUGCUGGGAGCCAUGGACUGGAGCACCAUGGGAGCAGAGUGCUACCGGUCCCUGACCGCCAUCGCUGACCACCUGCUGCGGCUGGAGCUGACCGCUGAGCGAGAAGCCCAGCUGGAGGCCGCCCUGGGGAUGUUCUACGCCCCGUCCCGGCCCCUCUCCGACACCGUGGUGCUGGAGUACCGAGACCCCAUCAGCAAGUACGCCCGCAGAUUCUUCCACCACCUGCUCAGGUACCAGCGAUUUGAAAAGGCAUUUCUGCUCGCAGUAGACAUAGGAGCAAGAGACCUGUUCAUGGACAUCCAUUACGUAGCGCGCGAUAAGGGGGAAUUGGUGCUGGCUGAUGUGGCGAGGAAGAGGGCUAAUGAAAUCGAUGCGGAAUCCAUAACAACCGGACCAGGAGAGCCGCAGUGGAGUGACGCGUGCAACCCCGCCCCUAACUCCGCCCCCAACUCCGCCCCGCCGGACGGACGGACAGGCAGACGGUGGGACGAGCAGGCAGGGUGGAAGGCUCAGCCCCAGCACGGCGAGGGGAGCGGUCACACCCCGUCCUCCGGCCGGUCCCAGGACGGCCUGGCUUCACGUGCUACUAGAGGAGGCCAUCUGACCAGGACGGGAGAGGAGGUCUUUUCCAGGACUGUACCGAGUGACCAGAGCUGGAGACUGGACUGGAGACAGGCAGGACUCAGCCAGGCCUGA